GUAAGACUCCCGGCAUCACCAUGCAUAACCUUACCUCAUUAGUUUCACCAUCUUGAAAUCGCCUCACCUCACAUUACGUCACUGCCCAUCUUUUCACAUCAAUCCCGCGGCAUCAUGUCCCAUGACGAUGGUGAUGUCGUUCCAGAAGCAGACCAGCUCUGCCUCGAUAUCCUCGCUGGCACUGCCGUGCCCACCGCUUCACAAUGCACCAAGACCAAGGGCUAUAAUGAGCUUAAUCCAACCCACCUCUGUUUCAUUUCCUCUGUCCGGCGCCGCCUCGAAUAUGGCCCGCGGCCUGAUGUGGUCUUGCUGUGCACUUCGCCAGGCACCGACCCCGCGCUGGCACGAGCUUACUAUGCCCGUCUCAUUAUGAGCAACACCGUACCCGAUAUCCCUGAAGCCAGUUUCCCCUCGGCGCCUCCAUACAGCAUUUGUUAUCCAGAUAUCGCUUCUGAAGACACCUAUCGUGCCGUGGCGAAGCGGUACCCGGGUCUUCGAUACCAGGUGGGCAGGGCGUGUGCGGUUGCGGGAUAUGCCACGCUCUAUGAAGAGCUAGAUCUACUUCCUGAUGUUUAA